GCCCGAUUAAAGGGGGGGCGGGGCUUCGAGCGUUCUCUAUUUCUGCGUGUGGACGAGCCUUCAGCAGGCGGGCGCUGGUUUUGGGGCUUGCUUGUUCUGUCUAGCUGUGAAUCUCAGCUUUUCUUGGAGCCGGUUCCUUCACAUACUUCCAUGAUGAGUCUCCAGUGGGCAGCUGUGGCCACUUUUCUCUACGCUGAAGUCCUCCUUGUGUUUCUUCUCUGCAUUCCCUUUAUCUCUGCCACAAGGUGGCAGAAAAUCUUCAAGUCCCGUUUGGUGAAGCUCCUUGUGAUUUAUGGAAACACUUUCUUUGUCGUACUUAUAAUCAUCCUUGUUUUGUUGUUUCUUGAUGCCAUUCGUGAGAUCCGGAAAUACGAUGAUGUGACAGAGAAAGUGAACCUGCAGAACAAUCCUGGGGCAGUGGAGCAUUUUCAUAUGAAGCUCUUCCGGGCCCAAAGAAACCUGUACAUUGCUGGCUUUUCAUUACUGAUGGCCUUCCUGCUGAGACGACUGAUUACCCUAAUUUCUCAGCAUGCUACCAUCCUGGCCUCUAAUGAAGCCUUCAAGAAGCAGGCCGAAGGAGCAAGCGACGCUGCCAAGAAAUAUAUGGAGGAGAAUGACAAACUGAAAAAGGAAUUGAAGCUGGCCGGGGUGGAAGUGGCUGACCUGGACGUCAAAAGCAUUGGGGCGGAGGAGGAAAACCGAACUCUGCAGGCUGAAGUCAAGAAACUACAGGAUGAGUUGACCUCUACCAAAAAAGCCCUGAAUAAGGCAGACAACGAGGCAUUGGCUAUGCGCAAACAGGCUGAAGGAUUGACAGUGGAGUACGACAGACUGCUGAAGGAACAUGGCAAACUUCAGGCAAGUUGUGAAGGCCAAAAGGAUAAGAAGGAUGAGUGAUUCAAUUGGAUUGCCUAGUCUCCAUCCUGUUCCUUCUUCUUGUACAUUUGUCUCUUUCUGGCGGUGGGACCUAACUGAACCCUCUGUUUUAUCCACUCCUGCCCCUGUCCCAAACAUCCUCCCUCCCCCCCCACCAGAUGCUGCUAUAGCUUUUGAGCAGACAGUGGUCUUUAUUGCGCCUGCUGGCAAGAGACGACUGAUGCCUGUCACUGUAUCCCUGGGAGACUUUCCAGGAGGUGGGGUGGGGUAGAGAAGGGGCAAGGGCAAAAGGAGAAUCCAUUGAGGCUGAACCAGCAGCAUGUCUUGGUGCUCUGCUGGGGAGGCUACCUGGCUAUUUCAGCAUGCACUCUUAACAGAGUCUGCCUCUUUCAGCUGCAUUUGUAUUGCCAUGCACUGGCCAUUCCUCUGCACCAUUCCAGGCUGAAGAGUUCAUUUUGAGUUGAGUUUAUGUGCCUGAAUGAAAAGGGGAAAGAUUGGCCGUAUGUCCAUACCUCUCUAUUAUUUUUUUUUAAUAUGCGAAAUAAGGUGACUGUACAAAGCUUCUCAUUAAAUCUUUGGAACAGUA